UGAGGAAGGGAUUUUGGUGGGAUUUCAAACAUGCAAAUGAGUUGGGGCUUGGAAACAAAAGUGCCUCUCUGUCUCUCUCGCAUCUGCCCUCCUUCGAUUAUCUCUCUCUCUCUCUCCUCAAUUCCCUGUCGCAGACCCAACCCCGAACCCCCUAUUACUGUCUUCAUUUUCUCUCUUCCUCACUCCCUCUCUCUGCCAUCCCAAUCUUCAUCAACAGUGGUGGCCAAACUUCCUAUUUCAGCCAUAGGGGAGAUUUCGAAAGGAGCCACUACAAAAAGGAAGAUUUCACUGGACCAACACCGUCUCCAGGGAGAUCGGUACUCGGUCGUCGUCAAUAUUCAAGGAGAUCCGAAACAGAUCUUGGUUGCUCACAUCCGAUUCUUCGCGGUUAAGCUUUCCGAUCGGUGGUCGAAGCAGCAACGAACUUCUAACCCCUACAUUGUCGAGAUUGCUGACUGUGAUGAUGUUGAAGUUUACAUUGAGGCUCUAAGUUUGAUGUAUUGUAAGGAUUUAAGGAAGAAGCUCAUGAAGGAAGAUGUCACUAGAGUACUUGGAAUCUUGAAGGCAUUUGCUUUCAGUUCGACUGCGAAAGCGAAGCGAUUGCAAUUGCGUGCUUCGGAGAAAGAGCAGCGGAGGCUUCAUGUACCGACGAUUGACUGGUCUAUCGGAGAACCGGCACCGUAUGUUGUGCUGGUGCAGGGUCCUCCCCAGGAAACUUUUGAGUUCCUUAAUAUUUUGCAAAAUCGUGGAUUCCCUAAAAUAAUGGGAGUUCUUACACAUAUUGAUAAGUUCAAGGAUGUAAAGAAACUUAAAAAAACAAAACAGCGCCUCAAGCAUCGAUACUGGACCGAAAUAUAUGAUGGAGCUAAACUAUUCUAUUUGUCUGGUCUUAUUCAUGGGAAGUAUGCUAAGUGUGAGGUUCACAAUCUUGCAAGGUUCAUUUCUGUUAUGAAAUUUCAUCCUUUGUCUUGGCAAACUACCCAUCCUUAUGUAUUGGUAGAUCGUUUUGAAGAUGUCACACCUCCAGAAAGAGUGCAUAUGGAUAAUAAAUGCAAUAGAAAUGUCACUUUAUGCGGUUAUUUACGUGGAUGUAAUUUGAAGAAAGGAACUAAGGGUUCUUCACAAUCUGCCACCCUCGGUGAAGCUACCAUCAACCUGCUGAUUAUGCUGAUGCACUGAAGCCUUCUGCCAUUGCACUGCCUCUAUAUAAAACUACAACUAAAUUAUGAAAAUAGAUAGCUCCAAAUUUUAACUUAGUUUCCAUUGUUGAAGCACAGGUCAAUAUUGGCAAAUUGUGGACCAAUAGUUAGAAUUGUAAUGUUUAUUGGAUAUAUACGUAUGAAUGUUGUUGUUUUAUUUACAAAAUGGUAAUGAUAGUCAAUUAAUUUGUUCAUGUUACCUUUACUUUCCGUGGACAUGUUUCAUUUUUUGUCCAAUUUUACAUUAAUGUGAUGUGCAAAUAUUUUCAUAAAAAAUUUACCUAACAUAAUUUCUCUUUUUCUUUGGUACAGAUAGACGAACCGUUUGAAUUCUGCUUCAAUUUUCCCCUUCAGUAUGGUUAGACACUCUCGUAUGCCAAUAUGUAUAGUUUAUAUUUGCUAGUUGAGAAGUCCAUUGUAUAUUAUUGUGAAUUAUUAUUUUAUUUAAUUAUUUUUGGCUUGUUCUUCUUUGAAUUACAUUUAAGUCCGUUCAAAAAACUAAACAAUGAAAUACCAAAGUGGUAAUGCUAUAGACAUAAGAAUGCUGUUGUUUUAUUUAUAAUUUGAUAAUGAUUGUCAUUUAAUUUGCUAAUGUGACCUUAACUUUUCAUGGACAUUUUUCAUUAUUUAUCCAAUUUUACCUGACAUUAUUUCUCUUUUU